UCGCCAUUGACAGAGAUCUGUUCCCUGCCUGGCAUUUAAGGCUUUAAUGAUAUUAUGUUCAAGGCGAGCUUUUGCUGAUAUUCCUUUCUAAGCUUUUUUGUAUUUCGCUAUUCCAUCUAGCCCUUAGCCCCUCAAACGGAGUUGGCCUUGGAACUACCAUUUCGCCAUGGAUUACGAAGCGUUGAAGGAUCAGUGGAGUGAGAUAGAGGAUCGAGAUGGCAUUAGACUGAGCUGGAAUACCUUUCCAAGCACACGCAUGGAAGCAUCCCGCUUGGUGGUACCCAUUGGAGCAAUUUAUACACCGUUGAAAGAGAGACCGGAUGCCCCAUUACUGCAAUAUGAACCUGUGACAUGCAAGCAGCCCUGUAGGGCGGUUCUUAACCCAUAUGCCAAUGUUGACAUCCGUGCGCGCAUUUGGAUAUGUCCGUUUUGUCUCCAGCGCAAUCCUCUACCUCCGCAUUACAAGGAUAUUACCGAAAAUACCAUCCCACCGGAGCUACAUCCUCAAAGCACGACAAUUGAAUACCAGCUCGCACGCCCAGCGCCUGCUCCGCCUAUUUUUCUGUUCGUUGUUGAUACUUGCCAAGAAGAGGAUGGCUUGAAGGCUGUGAAAGACUCUCUUGUGAUGAGUCUCUCGUUGCUGCCACCAAAUGCACUCGUUGGUCUCAUCACCUUUGGUACUAUGGCCCAAGUCCACGAACUCGGCUACACAGAAUGCGCCAAAUCGUAUGUAUUCAAGGGCAGCAAGGACUACACUCCGAAGCAAAUACAAGAGAUGCUUGGCCUACUUGCACCUGGCCUUCGGGCGCCGGCACCACAGCAGCAACCUGGCAGACCUGCUCCUGCAGUCGCACCAGCCGCACGUUUCUUACUCCCUGUGCAACAAGCGGAUUUCCAAAUCACCAAUGUGCUGGAACAGCUUCAACAGGAUCCCUGGCCUGUUGCGAAUGAUAGACGUCCAUUACGGUGUACCGGAGUAGCUCUUAGUGUCGCUAUUGGGCUGAUGGAGACCUCCUUCCAGAAUGCGGGCGGUCGCAUCAUGCUCUUCACCAGCGGUCCCGCAACUGAAGGUCCGGGCUUAGUAGUUGGGCCCCAGUUGAGAGAACCUAUACGUUCUCACCACGACAUUGAUCGCGACAACAUUAAAUACUACAAAAAGGCAGUCAAGUUUUACGAUAAUUUAGCCAAGCGUGUCUCCCAUAACGGCCACAUUGUUGAUAUCUUCAUUGGAUCGCUCGACCAAGUUGGUCUCCUUGAAAUGAAGGGUCUAGUAAAUUCGACUGGUGGUCACAUGGUAUUGACUGAUGCUUUCACGUCCUCCCAAUUUAAGCAAUCGUUUGUGCGCGUCUUUGAUAGAGAUGCGAAUGAUAACCUUGUUAUGGGCUUCAAUGCGGCACUGGAGGUCCUUACCACGAAAGAACUGAAGGUCACUGGUCUCAUUGGACAUGCUGUCUCAUUAAACAAGAAAUCAAGCUCUGUUGGAGAAACGGAGUGCGGAAUCGGCAAUACGUGUUCCUGGAAGAUGUGUGGAAUCGACCCAGCCGCCAGUUACGGUAUCUACUUCGAGAUUGCAAAUCAAGGAGGUCCGGCUCCGAUGCAGCAAGGGCCUCACAAGGCUAUGAUGCAAUUCUUGACCUAUUACCAGCACUCUUCCGGCCAGUAUCACCUCAGGGUUACGACGGUUGCGCGGCCACUGAGUAGCCCAGCAGGAGAUUCUGCCCUCGCCCAAUCGUUCGAUCAGGAGGCUGCUGCGGUGCUAAUGGCCCGUAUCGCUGUCUUCAAGGCAGAUGUGGACGAUGGCCCUGACGUUUUGAGGUGGGUAGACCGCAUGCUCAUCAGACUUUGCUCGCGCUUCGCAGAUUAUCGCAAAGACGAUCCUACAUCAUUCCGGUUAGAAAAGAAUUUCACUCUUUACCCACAGUUUAUGUUCCACCUUCGAAGAAGUCAGUUUUUGCAGGUCUUCAACAAUUCUCCCGAUGAGACCACAUUUUAUCGACACGUUCUAAACCACGAAUUCGUUGGAGACUCUCUAAUUAUGAUCCAGCCCACUCUGGAUUCUUAUUCGCUUGACCAUGAAGGGGCCCAACCAGUACUCCUUGACUCCGCCUCCAUCCAGCCGACUCACAUUCUUCUUCUUGAUACUUUUUUCCACAUUCUUAUUUUCCACGGUGAGACCAUGGCUGCGUGGAGAAAGGCAGGUUAUCAGGACAAAGAAGGCUACGAUAACUUCAGAGCCAUCCUAGAACAACCCAAGGAAGACGCCAAGGAACUCAUUCAAGACCGGUUCCCGCUACCGCGGUUCAUUAUCUGUGAUGCCGGAGGUUCACAAGCUCGUUUCCUACUUUCCAAACUUAACCCUUCCACUACUCACUCCAGCGGUGGUUACGGUGGUACCCAAUCUGGUCAGACUAUAUUUACGGAUGAUGUUUCCCUUCACACUUUCAUGGAGCAUUUAAUGAAGCUGGCGGUGUCAGGUACCAAUUAGGCUCAUUAAUGUGAAAUACUUGUCAGGGCUUUGCCCGGAAAGGUGGUACAGUCUUAU